UUCUCAUCUCGGACGACCCAACUACAUAUUUUAUUAGAACCCACCCGCCCGCCUAAAAAGAAAGGGAAAAAAAAAAUUAACCCCUAAAUCCAAGUUCCAUUCCCAAUUAAAAUUCUACCUUUACCUAAACCCGAGACAACAUGUGAUUGAGAAACAUUUGAUAGCAAUUUAGUGGGAUCUUACAUUUUUUUUUGGGUACUUUUGCUUCUCAGUAGUCGGCCAUUAGUAUUUCUUCGUAUCUUAUAUAAGCAGAAACUGGAAAAGAAAUUCACCAGUUCUAUUCAUAUAGCAAAAAGAAGAACAUAGUACUAUACAGUAAUACUUCAAGAGAAAUUGCAAAAGAAAAAAGUGGGGAACAUGGAGGUAGAGAACAUGUAUAUCACGCUCAAAACCUGCGUGAAUGGCGAUCCAUCAGAAUCCAACCUGGAGCUCACAAGCACCCGACUGUCAUUGAAAAUAGAGGAAGGAUCAAAAGAUAUGAUCGUUAAGAAUCUAUAUGUGUCCAUCGACCCCUACCAGAUUAAUCGCAUGAAGAAGUACAGCUCCUCACAGGGGACAAUAACUUUCGCUACACAGCUUGUGCCAAGAGAAAAAAUUGAUGCUUUUGGUGUAGGGAGAGUUGUGGUCUCCAGCAACCCAGACUUUAAGAAGGAUGAUCUGGUCAAAGGAGUUCUUGGAUGGGAAGAGUAUUCUAUUGUUCAGCCUGGGUCCAUAAUCAGCAAGAUAGCCACAACUGAAUUCCCACUGUCAUACAAUUUGGGUGUUCUAGGAACAAGCGGACUUACAGCUUAUAGUGGACUUUACGAGAUUUGCAAACCGAAGAAAGGUGAAAAAGUGUUCGUAUCUGCAGCAUCAGGAUCAGUUGGCAAUCUGGUUGGACAAUUUGCAAAGCUCUCUGGUUGCUAUGUUGUUGGAUGCGCUGGUAGUAAGAAAAAGGUCGACAUGCUCAAAGACAAGCUUGGAUUUGACGAUGCAUUUAACUACAAAGAAGAACCAGAUCUAAAAUCUGCACUUAAAAGGUAUUUUCCCGAGGGAAUAGACAUAUACUUCGACAAUGUUGGCGCAGAAAUGUUAGAUGCUGCAGUUGCCAACAUGAAUCUGUUAGGACGAGUGGCUGCAUGCGGUGUGAUUGCAGAGUAUACCGACGAAGGGAAAAGAGCUGCACCUAACAUGCUAGACGUGAUCUACAAGCGAAUCACCAUCCGUGGGUUCCUAACCUAUGAUCACCACGAUAAACAUGCUGGAUUUAUAUCUUCAAUCUCCGAUCAUCUUCGGCAAGGAAGAAUCCAUGUGCUUGAAGACAUCUCAUAUGGUCUUGAGAAUGUACCUUCAGCCUUUGCAGGACUCUUUCGUGGCGACAAUAUCGGAAAGAAGAUAGUGAAGUUGGCUGAUCCUAGAGAGGGUAUCUUGUAAAGAGUCUCUGAUCAGGUUACAAGUUAAAGUAACUAUGCUUGAGGUUACCUCUUCUUUGAGUAAUAAAUCUGAAACAUCAGAAUCCUGAAUGUUCGUGAAGAAUGUAAAGUUCCAAUUAGCACCUCAGGAAACUUCAACCAUCGCAAUCACAAUACCUUGUGGCAUCCCUGCUUCUUAGAUUCAAAUGAAAACUGUCUUUUCUAUUUCA